CUUCAUAACACACUUGCGUGUAAAUCAAGCUAUAUCGUAAAGAGAUGCAAUCAACUAUAAACUUCAAUGUGGCUACCAAAAAACCGGAGCUGAUAGCUCCGGCAAAGCCAACGCCUCACGAAUUCAAGGUCCUCUCCGACAUCGACGAUCAAGAGGGCCUCCGCUUCCAAAUCCCAGUUAUUCAAUUCUACCGGAGAAAUCUCUCCUCAAAAGAGAGAGACCCCGUGAAGGUGAUCCGUGACGCCAUAGCCAACGCCUUGGUUCCAUACUACCCUUUUGCCGGGCGGCUGAGGGAGCACGCCAACCGGAAGCUGGUGGUGGAGUGCAACGGAGAAGGGGUGGUUUUCAUUGAGGCUGAUGCCGACGUGGCACUGCAGCAGCUCGGUGAUGCCCUCUAUCCGCCCUUCCCAAAUUUGGACAACCUGCUCCACCACCUCCCAGCCACUGCCGGAAUCAUCGAUUGCCCUUUGUUACUUAUUCAGGUGACGCGGCUGAAAUGCGGGGGGUUUGUGGUAGCCACCCGCUUGAAUCAUACAAUGAGCGACGCGGCCGGGCUGGUCCAGUUUAUGUCCGCGGUGGGCGAAUUUGCCCGCGGAGACGCAUCGCCUUCAAUCCAGCCUGUUUGGGAAAGACACCUCCUCAGCGCUCGUAACCCACCGCGCGUGACAUGCACGCACCACGAGUAUGACCACAACACUACUACUUCUGAAGGAAACCACGCCCCACCUGACGAUGACAAUAAAAUGGUGGACCGCAGCUUCCUCUUCACUCCCGCCGACAUCUCCGCCCUCCGGCGCAUCCUACCACCGCGCCUCCGCGGCAGCUCCAGCUUUGAGAUUGCGACAGCUUGCACUUGGCGCUGCCGGGCAAUCUCCCUCUCGCUAAACCCCGAGGAAGAGAUCGCACUCUCGUGCUUAGUAAAUGUUCGGAAGCGACUCAAUCCGCCGCUCCCGGAGGGGUACUACGGCAACGCUGUAGUCUACCCUGCCACCGUCACAACAGCGGAGAAAUUAACGACAAGUCCGUUGCAGCACGCUGUGGAGCUGUUGAGAAAUGCAAAAUCACGAGCAGCAUGGGAGUACGUAAAAUCAGUUGCGGAUUUGAUGGUAAUGAGAGGGCGGCCCUGUUUUAAAACAAGAGGGAUUUAUCUAGUGUCGGACGUAACGCGGGCCGGGUUUGGCGAAGUGGACUAUGGGUGGGGCUCGGCAGAGUAUGGUGGACCGGCCUUAUGUGGUAUUGAUCUUGUUCCUGGAGUUGUGAGUUUUGCUCUACCAUAUAAGAGUACAAAUGGAGAGAAGGGAAUAAGGUUCACCAUGUCUUUGCCAUCAAAUGCCAUGGACAAAUUCAUAAAUGAGCUUGAGACGGCCAUGGCUGUUGCUCGGAAAAGCUUGUUUAUUAGAGAAUCGGCGUUGUGAUAUUACUAAGGUUGCCAUUUUAAUAAUUCCCAAGACCAGUGUGUCCUCACACAAAAUAAGCGGAGACUCAAGACUAUAGUAUGACUAGUCCUACUAUUGAAAUUAAAUCUUAAUAUUUGUGUGUAUGUUAAAUCUAUAAUGAUAUUGAAUUGUGUACUGUACUUUUUGUGUGCAAGGCAAGUUUAGUAGAAUUGUAAUCAAUAAAAAAGGGGAAGUUUCGACUUCUUCAACGAGUACUUACACGUUGUUGAGGGUUGAGACCAUCGGUUGCAAGUGCUUGAAUUUAUUCUGUUUUGGUCUGUUCGGUUCAA